ACUACAAUUAGACACUAAAAUAGGAUCCACAAACAUGAACAAGAAAGUAUUUUUAAUUUUGGGAAUGAUGAAUAAAAUAGCUUCACUUUUUUCCAUGCAUCGGGAUGAACCAACUGGUUUACUUUGAUUAAACAAUUUUCUGUGGGCUUCUGAAUUUGGACGCACAUGAAGGUCGGCUCCUCCUCUGAUUCCCACCUGCUACCGCUUCUAAGGGCCUUACUGCAACUUCUCACAACCUCAAGCUGUGUUGUUUGACUUCCAUUGUACAAAUUUUUAUAUGGGUUGGUUGCAAAACGUCAAACUGAUGACUGGGUUUUUUUUAAAAAAAUCAUUUUCUUUUGUUAAUAAUGGAGAUCACUUUUGAAAUAGUGGCCGGCAAUCAAGAGAUCAACGAAAAGGGGGAAAGGGGGCAUAUUAUUAUGUAUACGUGAUUAUGAUGAAUUUGGGAAUGGGAUGCCAUUUUGAUCACGAUAAUAGAACAGACAAUAUCUAAAGUCAACCAUGGAGAAAUGGAGAAAUUCAAUCUCAUAAUGCAGCUAAAGAUUUUGGAGGCGCUUCAGAUUCUUCCCUUUUACAGUCGUUGACUACUGUUUGUGGAUUGAUGUGACACCCCUUUCAAUUUCUACUUUAAAACGUUCAAAGUAAUGGGAAGACCAACCCCACUAAGAGGUCUCUUUUGCUUUAUCAAAAGUAAGGUUUCAGCCUAAAGCAGAGUUCUCUGUUGGUAGGAGGAGUAUAAGAGACGGUCAUCUUUAUAUCAGAGGGGUUCGUUGAGAAACAAAAAACUAUCAUACCGUGUUACGAUAGAACAAUUUAACACGAGGAAGAGAUCAUCACCAGAGAAAGAUGGCUUUGCGUCUUGAAGUUACUUCUUGUUCUUUCAUCCUCCUUAGUUUACUCAUUGCAGUGGUUGUACAACAAAGUUCUGCUAGGAAAUUAACGGAUGGCUAUGAUAAAGACAUCGAACAGUUUGUGAAUCUGAAAAUUAAUGAUCAAACAAACACUCAUAUAAAGGAAGUUGAUGAUGGUCACCCGAAGAUGAGCAAAAAUCAUAAGCAUGCUCAUGCAUCAUCUCACAUGGAGCAUUUAGAUCCUUUAUUAUAUGUUUUCUUCACCUUGAGUGAUUUGAAAGUUGGAAAAAAAAUGCCUAUUUAUUUUCCUUACUCAAGGCCAUCAGAAACCCCAAAACUUCUGCCUAAAGAAGAAGCGGAUUCCAUUCCUUUCUCUACAUCACAACUUGAAUACCUUUUAACUCUAUUCUCUUUUCCAAAGGACUCUCCCCAAGCCAAAGCUGUUGAAUAUACUCUUAAGCAAUGUGAGCUUGAAUCCAUCAAAGGAGAGACCAAAUUCUGUGCCACUUCUUUAAAAUCAAUGUUGGAUUUUGCUACUAAAAUGUUGGGAGGUGAUACCCAAUUGAAAGUCUUGACCACCACUCGUCUCUCCAACUCCACUAUCCUCCUUCAAAACUAUACAAUUUUGGAGGAACCUAGAGAAACAGUGGCUGCAAAAAUGGUGACAUGCCACAGCAUGCCUUACCCUUAUGCUAUUUUUUACUGUCAUUGCCAAGAAAGCAACAACAGGCUGUUUGAGAUUUUGCUAGGGGCUGACAAUGGUGACAGAAUGAAAGCAAGUGCCAUCUGCCACAUGGACACCUCUCAAUGGGACAAAGAUCAUGCCUCAUUUAAAGUUCUGAAAACUAAACCAGGUGCUUCUCAUGUUUGUCAUUUUCUUUCUACAGAUAGUUUAGUUUGGUUAGCUGCCUAAUGGAACCGUCUAGAUUACCUACACAUAUAUUUGCUUGUACGGUUGAUUAUUUCUUUUUGAUUUAGUUCUUGGUUUGAUUAUAGGUGGUUUGUAAGUUUUAUAUACUUAUUAGUGUGUUAUUAGUUGAAGACUUCUCUAUGAAUUAUUUUGGUGUGUUCAAGUGCAAUUGUUGAGAGAUUGUUGAUAUACUUGUUGAUUUACUUCUCUUAGUUAAGAAAAUUGUGAGUGUUAAUAUGAUUA